AUGCCUAUGCUCAACACUAAGCUUCUGCUACAGGUGGACUUCUGUAAAUUCAACGCCGAUACUCAGAUACUCAACACUAAGAUUCCGCUACAGGUAGACUGCUCCAGAUUUAAUCAAUGUUUUAAAACUCAANGGUUAAUUCAAUGCCUAUGCUCAACACUAAGCUUCUGCUACAGGUGGACUUCUGUAAAUUCAAAGCCGAUACUCAGAUACUCAACACUAAGAUUCCGCUACAGGAACCCUAAGAGAAGCUCAAGACAGUCGAGCCGAUACCUCGGAGUGCGGCGGAGGCCGUGGGGGAGAUACGCUGCUGAGAUUAGAAACCCUCAUACUAAAGAGAGGCACUGGCUAGGCACAUUUGACACUGCUGAAGAAGCUGCAAUAGCUUAUGAUAUUUCUUCCAUAUCAUUUAGUGGUUUAGAGAAUGCUCGGACGAAUUUUUACUACCCGUUUUUGUCGUUUCCAUCUCCUCCACCACCGCCACCUCCUCCACCGCCACCAACGCUUGCAGUGAAAGAGGGUGAUCAAUUUUGUAUGGAGAGUGUGAGUCCAAUGGAGGAUGAUGAUGAAUCUCUUGUUAUUGCUUCCAUCUUGCAGAGUUUUUGCCAUUCUGCUAACAAUUCCUUCUGUCCCUAA